GAGUUUGGUCGCUGCUGCGCCCCUCCCCCCCUCGUCACCACGACAGACCUCGGCACCAUCAUCGCCUUCCAGGAGCAGCCAUCCUCUCCGGUGGUUCCGUCUGCUCCCUCGGCGCUAGACGACUCUGAGGAUUACUCGGACCCCUUUGACGCCCAGCAGCCCCCGGCCCCUCAUCAUCACCAUCAUCAUAACCACCACCCCCCCGCAUUCAGCCCAGACGCGGCCCACCCUCACCCCCACCCCCACCGGCCCGGACCCGGCCAGCACACGGCCCACUUCCGCACCACGGCCUUCAGCCCCCUGCCGGCCGCCGGGGACAUACAGAGCGGCAGCUACAUGGAGCCCUUCGAGGCCCAGCGCGUCAUGAACGAGCUGCAGCUGGGUCACCUGCUGUACGACAGCCCCUACGACGAUGAGGAAGACCACCCCCACCCCCAUCUAACAGCCAAUCAAAUCGCCCAACAGCCACCGCCAUCCAAUCAAAAUGCUUACCAUAUGCGGGGGCGGAGCCAGCAGCGCAGAGGGCUGGGACCAAGGUAUGAUUGGUAUGAUCAUGAGGAGAGCAACGGAGGGGCGGAGUUUGAGGCAGAGAGGAGCCGCCUCCCACAGGACGACGAGAGGCCAGCGGAGGAGUACGACCAGCCCUGGGAGUGGAAACAGGAGAACAUCUCCAAAGCACUAGCAGCUGUCCAGUUUGAAAGCACCGGAUGUGGUCCAGGCCCGGCUCUGACCCGGGACGACUCGGCUCACUCCCGCUCCCGAUCCGAGAGGCGGGCCCAGCCCCCACGCACCAGCCCCCCCUCCUCCGGUCCCAACACGGCAACGACCAAUAGAAGCCAGUCCUCGGGACCGGGAGCCAAUCGGACGCAAGCGCACUCUCCCCAGCUGCUUGGAGAGCGGGUGGACCCCUUUCUGCCCCUGGAGCAGCAAGUGUGGUAUCACGGCACGCUAACGCGAUCGGACGCAGAGUCGUUACUUACGCUGUGCAAAGAAUGCAGCUACCUCGUCAGGAACAGCCAGUCCAGUCGCAUGGACUACUCCCUCUCUAUCAGGAGUUGCCAUGGUUUCCUGCACAUGAAGUUCUCUCGUGAGGGUGGUCGCGACGGCGUGCGCUACGUGCUCGGGGAGAACUCUCCUCCGUUCCCAUCUAUACCCCAAGUCAUCCACUACUACACCACACACAAGUUGCCCAUACGGGGCGCCGAGCAUCUCAGCCUACUGUUCCCUGUGGUCGUCCAAACAUUGUAACGCCAUUUUUUUGUAGUUCAAUAGUCACAGUUUAUGAUGGCUUACAAUGGGAGAGAAGACUACAUUUUUUAUAGUCCCAAUAGCAGUGUUUUGUAAUGGAUUUCAAUGGGAGGAAAGACUACACGCUAGGCUACCUGAAGAGGCCAUUUUUGUAGUUCAAAAGUGGUCUUUUAUAAUGGAUUUCAAUGGGAGGAAAGACUACACGCCAGACUACCUGCAGAGGCCAUUGCAUCAUGGACUGUAAUCAUUACCUAGACACUACUUACGGUAUAUUAAAAGAAAAAACCUUCAUAAAGAAAUUUACUGGUUGGUGCAGGAGAAUCCACAAGUCCUACUUUUAGCCAUUGUGGCUGCCGAACACUCUUAAAGAAGAAAAAUCUGCACUCACAAACUGCGUCUCAUUAUUUAUUUAUAUGACCACCAUGUUCAAAAAGCAAACGCGUUUCGGCCGAAAUAUAAAUAAAUAAUGAGACGCAGUUUGAGAACGGAUUUUUCUUCCUUAAGUUGAUGCAUUUUAUCGCGUACCCAAAGACUUAAGUUUUUUCCAAGAAGUUGAGCGCGUCCUUUGCCAAAUCUUGAUGCCGAACACUCUUCCCUUCACUACUCUUCCCUUCACUACUCUUCGCUCUGGUCAUUUAAACUUCGUCGCCAUUCACCAACUGCCCAUUUGAGGCGCCAGACAUCGGAGCCUACUGUUUCUCUGUUGUAGUUCAAACAUUGUAAGGAUUGAUGCAUACCUUGGUUUUUUUUUUUUUUUUUAAACAAAAGACGAUGAUGAAUUCUUCCCCAGAUUGAGCCGUUUCCUAAGCCUACUGUUCCCCAUUUGUAGUUCAAACAUUAUAAGGACACUAUUACAUCGUGGACUGUGAUCAACACCUAGAUCCUACUUUUAUUAUUAAAAAAUACUCUUGUAAUAGAAUUUACUUGUCAGCAGGACCGUGUUAAGCCAAUGUGGUGCCCCCUGGCACUAUACCUCACUGGUGCCCCCUUUAUAAACAACAUUUGUUAAGGUUGUGUCUUGUGGUGCUUCCUCACUGGUCAAAAAUGGUCC